AUGUCCUUUCCACCACCUCCAGACGAAUCUUCCAUCUCCAAUUAUCACCCCAGCCAAUCCUCUGGAACGUUCAGCAAAGAGGACAGCGGCAAGAAUAUCAACCAUAACAAUAGCAAUAAAAUCAAGAACAACAAUAGGGCACCGAGAAGGUACCAUAGAGGAAGUUUGGACUCUUUUGAGCUUGAGUUUGAUGACAGUCUGGAUGUAGCGUUGGAUUCUCUACAGAUAAAACCAAGUAAUUCACAGGAUCAGUACCAAGGAGCAGAAGGCACUGAGGAUUUUGAACUAGAAAGCUUAGAUCAUAUGGCUGAUCGACGUACUUCCUUAUCAGUCCUACAUCUGGCACCGGACACACAGCCACUAAUUAGUCAAGAUUCUUGGGACUUUCCACAGGUUAAAAAUAGUGCUGAUAUUAUUAGACAAAAGGGUUGGUGGCAAAAGUUUCAAUCUCUCACAUUUACAGGUUCAAAUAGUGAUUCUUCAUUUCGUGACAACACUGCUACGUAUAGUUCCACACAGCCAAUUGAGCUAACGGACCAUAAUGUAGAGAGGGAGAUACAUCCUGAUACUACUCCUAUCUACGAUAAAAACAAGUAUCCUUCGAACGCAAUUUCGAACGCAAAAUACAACGCUCUGACUUUUAUUCCUAUUAUUCUUUAUGAACAGUUUAAAUUCUUUUUCAAUCUAUACUUCCUACUGGUUUCCCUAUCGCAAACCAUUCCUGCAUUGAGAAUUGGCUAUUUGUCUUCUUAUAUUGUCCCUCUAGCAUUUGUGUUGACGGUAACGAUGUCCAAAGAAGCGAUGGAUGAUAUCCAAAGAAGAAGACGAGAUAGGGAAACUAAUAAUGAACUAUAUGAAAUCUUACCUAGAUCACAGUUGGUGCCUAGCAAGGAUUUAAAAGUUGGCGACCUAGUUUUAUUGCAUAAAGAUUCCAGAAUUCCAGCAGAUGUCGUUCUUUUGCAAAGUAGUGAACCAAGUGGAGAAACCUUUAUCAAGACCGAUCAGCUGGAUGGUGAAACUGAUUGGAAACUAAGGUUAGCCCCAUCGUUGACUCAAACUCUGUCUCAAGAUGAUUUGCUAAAUCGAAUCAACAUUACUGCCUCUGCGCCCGAAAGGUCUAUUCAUAGAUUUACCGGUCGAGUAAGUUAUAAAGGUUCUUCAUCUCCUCUAUCAGUAGACAAUACACUAUGGGCUAAUACAGUUUUGGCUUCUACUGGUAUUUGCAUCGCUUGUGUUGUAUACACAGGUCUAGAUACAAGACAGUCCAUGAAUACUUCCAAACCAAGUGUAAAAACAGGACUGUUGGAAAUUGAAAUAAAUAAACUGUCCAAAAUUUUGUGCUUUUGUGUGUUUAUGCUUUCUUUACUCCUAGUUGUAUUUGCAGGAUUAAAAAAUGAUGAUUGGUACGUUGAUAUAAUGAGAUACUUGAUAUUAUUUUCUACCAUAAUACCUGUUUCGUUAAGAGUCAAUCUGGACUUGGGAAAAUCCGUCUAUGCUCGGCAGAUCGAAUCUGAUAAAUCGAUCCCGGAAACCAUAGUUAGAACUAGUACUAUUCCAGAGGAUCUAGGCAGGAUUGAGUAUCUAUUGAGUGAUAAGACCGGGACUUUAACUCAAAAUGAUAUGCACCUAAAAAAGCUUCAUUUAGGUACGGUUUCGUACACUAUGGAGACCAUGGACAUGGUUACAGAUUACAUACAAUCAAUGACUGCAGCAAAUCCGAUAAAAAGUUGUGUUGGUCUACCAACGACCAGUGCAAGAAAGGAAAUUUCCCAGAGAGUACGAGAUCUAGUGACCACUCUAGCUAUAUGUCACAAUGUUACGCCAAACUUCGAAAAUAACGAAUUAACUUAUCAGGCAGCUUCUCCUGAUGAGAUAGCAAUUGUGAAGUUUACAGAAAGUGUUGGUUUAUCGCUCUUCAAGAGAGACCGCAAUUCUCUAACGUUGUUUCAUGAAUAUUCAGGCGUUAACCUUAACUAUGAUAUUCUCCAGGUUUUCCCAUUCAAUUCGGAUUCAAAACGAAUGGGGAUCAUCGUAUAUGAUAAGACCAAAGACGAAUAUUGGUUUUUACAAAAGGGUGCUGAUACAGUCAUGUCAAGAAUUGUACAAAGCAACGACUGGCUUGAUGAGGAAAUUGGUAAUAUGGCUCGUGAGGGUCUAAGAACAUUGGUGAUAGGUAGGAAAAGAUUAGCACCUAAACUUUAUGAUCAGUUUCGUAAGGAAUAUAGAGAUGCGUCAUUGUCUAUGCUCAACAGAGAUGGCGCAAUGAAUGAUGUGGUAAAGAAGUACUUAGAGUAUGAUCUAGAAUUGUUGGGAUUAACCGGUGUUGAGGAUAAAUUGCAAAAGGAUGUUAAGUCUUCUAUAGAAUUGCUGCGGAAUGCUGGAGUGAAAAUUUGGAUGUUAACAGGUGAUAAAGUAGAAACAGCACGGUGUGUCUGUAUAAGCGCCAAAUUAAUUUCUAGAGGUCAGUAUGUCCACACUAUUACUAAAUUGUCACGUCGUGAUGGUGCAUUAAACCACCUUGAGUACCUAAAUGUAAAUCGGAGCUCUUGUUUAUUAAUUGACGGUGAUUCGCUCGCAUUGUUUUUAACUUAUUACAGAAAGGAAUUCUUUGAAAUGGUGGUUCAGUUGCCAGUUGUGAUUGCAUGUCGUUGUACACCUCAACAAAAAGCAGAUGUGGCAUUGCUUAUCAGAGAGUGCACUGGUAAAAGAGUUUGUUGUAUUGGUGACGGUGGUAACGAUGUUAGUAUGAUUCAAUGUGCAGACGUCGGUGUUGGCAUUGUUGGUAAAGAGGGAAAGCAAGCUUCACUAGUUGCUGAUUAUUCAAUCACACAGUUUUGUCAUCUAACAAAGUUGUUAUUAUGGCAUGGUAGAAAUUCUUAUAAGCGCUCUGCCAAGUUGUCUCAAUUUGUCAUUCAUAGAGGUUUAUUGAUCUCCGUUUGUCAAGCCGUUUAUUCAAUUAGUUCAAAAUUUGAACCAAUAGCGUUAUAUCAGGGUUGGUUAAUGGUAGGAUACGCCACUUUUUACACUAUGGCGCCUGUAUUCUCUCUAACUUUAGAUCGUGACAUAGAUGAAUCAUUGACCACAACCUAUCCUGAAUUAUACAAAGAAUUGACUGAAGGAAAAUCAUUAUCCUAUAAAACGUUCUUUGUAUGGGUAUUAUUAUCUCUGUUCCAAGGUAUCAUAAUUCAAGGUUCAUCUCAACUUUUUAUUGGGUUAACCCCAUCCCAGUUUAAAAGUUUGGUCGCCAUUAGUUUUUCAGCGCUGAUAUUCAACGAACUGAUAAUGGUUGCGUUGGAAAUUUAUACAUGGAACAAAAUUAUGGCAAUAACAGAAAUAGCGACAUUCGCUAUCUACGUUGUUUCCAUCCCAUUCCUUGGAGAAUAUUUUGAAUUAAAAUCUAUGGUUAAGCCCGCUUUCUACAUACAAUUAGCGGUUAUAUUGUCCAUUUCUAUCUUUCCCGUAUGGGCAGCGAAGGCAAUUCACAGAAAACUGAAUCCGCCAAGUUAUGCAAAAGUUCAACAAUUCACCAUGGUUUAA